AUCCAAGCAAGUAUAGACAUGAUAGAUAGAACUGAAGCAGUCAAUAUUUUUUUUGUUCAUCGAAAAUUAUAAUUUCACAAAAUCCAUAAACUCGAAUCUAUUUAGGCCAUAUUGGACUGAAUUAACGUGAAUUUUUUUUAAACAUUGAUUCUGUGUUUUAAACUAUAUUGUAGUGAAUCCACACCUAUUUUGUUCAACAACAAAAUAUAUAUUUUAAUGUCCCAUUUUGGAGAACACACAUGAAUUUAUCUCAAUUAAAUACGUGAAUUGUGUUGUGUUUGAAACAUCUACAAAAAGCAAAUUCAAUGUAUAGCGUUUCGUUUCGUGAAUUAUUUUGAUAAACUAAACCUGAAAUGAAACGUACAACAUUUGUUCGAAAUGACAGAUAAAGACUAACGAGAUCAAAAGAAUUAUUAUUGUAGACUGUUCCCAUUCAUCACCAUCAUUAUCACAUCACCAUCAUUACCAUUAUCUACAACAACAACAACUGUAGUAAUGUCAUCGAACCCUGGAAGUAAUAGCGCAACUGCUAACGCAACUGCCAGUGGAACAUCUUCGAUAAAUACAAACAGCAACAAUUCUAGCAAUAAAAAUAAUGAUAGUUCAAGUAGCAGUAACACCGAAGACUACAAUGAAAUCGAAGACCGUCGUCGAAGAAUCAAAAAUAGGUCCAGAAAUAAUGUGCGCUUAUCUUCAAAGGCCCAACUGCAACAAGCACGCCGUUCACCAUUGCCGAGCACAAGUAAUUCCAUUUUAGUAUCGAACGCAAACUGUUCAUUUGUUUCAACAAACAACAAUGUACAGUCCCCAUCGACAUCUUUGCCAAUUUUGCCAACAAUCAUUGGUCCAACCGAAAAUCGCAUCACACUUUUAGUCGACGAAACGCGUUUUACAAUUGAUCCAGCGCUAUUUACAGCUCAUCCAAACACAAUGUUAGGUCGGAUGUUCAGUUCUGGAAUGGAAUUCACCCAUACAAACGAAAGAAAUGAAUACGAAGUGGCUGAAGGAAUAUCGAAUUCAGUAUUUCGUGUAAUACUGGAUUUUUACAAACAUGGUGUUAUCAGAUGUCCACCAAAUGUUUCAGUCCAAGAACUCCGGGAGGCUUGUGAUUAUCUAUUAAUCCCAUUCGAUGCAAAAACUAUUCGAUGCCAAAAUUUGCGUGGCCUUUUGCACGAACUGAGUAAUGAAGGAGCACGAUGUCAAUUUGAGGUGUUUUUGGAGGAGCUUAUUCUUCCCGUUAUGGUUGCAUCUGCUGAACGGGGUGAUCGAGAAUGUCAUGUGGUGAAUUUGCUGGACGAUGAUGUUGUUGAUUGGGAUAAAGAAUAUCCACCUGAAAUGGGCGAAGAAUAUAGUCAAACGGUUGCAAGCACUGCCAUGUAUCGAUUUUUCAAAUAUAUUGAAAAUCGCGAUGUUGCUAAACAAGUGAUGAAAGAACGCUCACUGAAGAAAAUUCGCUUAGGCAUCGAAAGUUACCCAACGCAUAUUGAAAAGAUUAAAAAACGUCCUGGCGGACGCGCAGAGGUUAUUUACAAUUACGUUCAGCGCCCAUUCCUCCACAUGUCAUGGGAGAAAGAGGAAGCCAAAAGCCGCCAUGUAGAUUUUCAAUGCGUCAAAUCGAAAUCGGUUACGAACCUAGCCGAGGCAACUGCAGAUCUUCCACUGGAUGCUGGUGUUAAUUCAAUGCCUCAAGUGCAACUUAUGCAACCAGAUCCACUUCCACGUCAUGUUGAUGGUGUUAUUGAAGAUGGCGUUUUAAAUAUAAAUUUGCAAGAUCCAGACGAAAAUUAAUUAAUGUAACGAUGUGAAUUUAUAAUAAAUUUCCAUAUAAAUGAUUAA